UUUAAUGUUUACAGAAUGAAGAGGAACAAUUUAUCUGUUGGGAAUAAAGUUGUCCAGUCUUCACCAGCAGUGAAACAGCCUAAACUUGGGUUCUACUCUUCUCUCAACCAGACUCAUACAUACACUGUCCUUCUAGACUGGGGGAGUUUGCCUCACUACGUAGUGUUACGCAUUUUUCAGUAUCUUCCUUUAAUGGAUCGGGCCCGGGCAUCUUCUGUAUGUAGGAGAUGGAAUGAAGUUUUUCAUAUUCCUGACCUUUGGAGAAAGUUUGAGUUUGAACUGAACAAGUCAGCUACUUCAUAUUUUAACUCCACUCAUCCUGAUCUCAUUCAGCAGAUCAUUAAAAAGCAUGCUGCCCAUCUCCAGUAUGUCAGCUUUAAGGUUGAUAGUAGUACUGAAUCAGCAGAAGCUGCCUGUGACAUACUUUCUCAGCUGGUAAAUUGUUCUAUACAGACUUUGGGCUUGAUUUCAACGGCCAAGCCAAGUUUUAUGAAUGUGUCAAAGUCUCAUUUUGUGUCAGCACUUACAGUUGUUUUUGUCAACUCAAAAUCAUUAUCAUCAAUCAAAAUUGAAGACACGCCAGUGGAUGAUCCUUCUUUGAAGAUUCUUGUGGCCAAUAAUAGUGAUACUCUAAGACGCCUCAAAAUGAGUAGCUGUCCUCAUGUUUCAUCUGAUGGAAUCCUUUGUGUAGCUGACCAUUGUCAAGGUCUUAGAGAACUGGCAUUAAAUUAUUACAUGCUAAGUGAUGAACUUCUCCUGGCACUUUCAAGUGAGACCCAUGUUAACCUUGAGCAUCUUCGAAUAGAUGUUGUGAGUGAAAAUCCUGGACAAAUCAAAUUUCUUUCUAUUAAAAAACAAAGUUGGGAUGUACUCAUUAAACACUCCCCUGGAGUUAAUGUUGUUAUGUACUUCUUUUUAUAUGAAGAGGAAUUGGAGACGUUCUUCAAAGAAGAAACCCCUGUUACUCACCUUUAUUUUGGUCGUUCCAUAAGCAAAGCAGUUCUAGGACGGAUAGGUUUUAACUGUCCACGAUUAAUAGAGUUAGUAGUAUGUGCUAAUGGUCUUCAGGCUCUUGAUAAUGAACUUAUUUGUAUUGCUGAACACUGUAAAAACUUAACAGCCUUGGGCCUCAGUCAAUGUGAAGUUAGCUGCAGUGCAUUCAUUGAGUUUGUAAGACUAUGUGGGAGAAGGCUAACCCAGCUCUCUAUCAUGGAGGAAGUUUUGAUCCCUGAUGAUGAUUAUAGCCUAGAUGAAAUUCAUGCUGAAGUCUCCAAAUACCUGGGAAGAGUAUGGUUCCCUGAUGUCAUGCCUCUCUGGUAAUUGAUUACCAAAGAUUCUUAACUUUUUUUUUAAUCUAUAAGAUUAGCUUCUUUCUGUCUCUGCAAAUGUACAUUUUAAGAUGCAUUGCUGAAAUGUCUUAGGUAAAAUAUUUUAUUGUUUGCAAACUGUCUUAAUGGAUUACAGCAGAAACAUUUGAGAAAAUAAGAGAAAUUUGAAAAGACAGAAACCAUAUAUAGGGCACAGACACUGUAUUGUGUAUUAGAUAGUUGAUAGAAACAGUUGGUUUCUAGAUAAGUUCCUCAGCCUUCCUUGAAGGUAUAUUUUGGCUUGCUAAAUAAAUUUAUAAUAUUGAGCUCUGGAUCCCUUA